GGCCGGCGCGAGGCGGCGCGCCGGGGCGGAGCCAAUCAGUGGAACUGGGCGUCGACCGCUCGCGGGCUCGGCCGCCCCUCGUCGGCCGCGCUCGCCGCUUAUUGGCCACUGUUUUUCGUCGAUAACUCGUGAACGGCGCGUCGGAGAACAUUUUCGCAAAGGAAAAAGUUGCUUGAAAUGAUCUCGGGAAUCCAUCUGACGGAAGUACCAUGAUUUUCGGAUAUUCUAUCUGGAGCAACUGUGUCGAGAGUUUUGCUCUCAGAUGAAACUGAACUCACAAAUCACAUAUAAACCGACGCGCGCGAAGACUGUCUCCCCUCGUCGAAUGUGCAUCCUCCCUCCCCCCCUCUGAUCUCGCUCGUUGUCACCACUGUAUUGGUUCUGUAUAUAUCUCGGACGACGCUGCGCCGGCGAGAUCGCUGCCACGGUUCUGUCGUCAAUUGUACAUGUGAUCGAAUAAAAGCAUUCCUACGAUGCUAUCUGGUUUAUAGAGCACACCCAAACCGCGGCGCCGUUUCCCACGUGAGGCUGAUGCGUUCGUCUAUGCGCGCCGUCGAGUAUCUUUCGUCCGGUAAUGUAUCUGUCUUAAAAUCACCCUGGUGAUUUUAACAUGGCCCUUUGAAUGUUUCAGCGGGUUCAUCGUUCGCCGGUGGCUAUCGUUUCCCGCGCCGGGGGCCGGUCGUCCGUCGCCUCUGUUCAAGCGAAAAUCGUCCCUUUCGACCACUUUUUUCGGGAUAGAUUCGCGCCUUACGGUCGCAGACUGGCCAGAGAGGCAGACAUCAAGAGGAUCAAGAUCGAGACCGAUCUGGAGAACUUGUGCUCGGUGGUGAUGGAAGAGUCGAAGGACUUCGAUUACGAGGAAGAGAAGCCGCUGAGCUCGAGGCGGCGCAGGAGCAACGCGCUCGAGCGGCACACGUGCUCCAGGUGCUCGAAGAGUUACAUCCACGCGUGGCACCUGAAGAGGCACACGAGGUUCGAGUGCGGCCAAGAGCCGAAGGUCCAGUGCCCGUACUGCGCCGCGAGGAUGAAGCAACGCGGCCACGUGUACAGACACAUCCGGCAGUGCCAUCGCGGACAGAACGUCUACGUGAUCGAUCUGAAUUGAUAGAAGGGGGCGGAGCUUCGUCCAGCUGCGCGACACGCCUAUUCUCGUUUCUCCUCGCGGUCGGACCUUCUCGCCGUGAGCCGCUCCGCUCCGCCCCCCUCCCCGCUGCUGUCCAAUUCUCUGGCCUCGCGAUCAUCGCCGUCAGCCGAUCAUCGCGUGCUCUGUAACGCGUUCUCCUUUCGGGUGUUCGCUGCUUUGCUGAUACACUUUCACCCACACGGAUUGCUUCGUUCUUUUUAUCGUUGAAAAGGAACGUUUUGUGAGAGGCUGUGUUUUUUCUUUUUUGAAGACUGUGGGCGUCGAGGAUUUCGUUUUGGAUCGAGUCUGUGUUUAAAUGUAACGAAUCAGGGCUGGGAUUUUGAAGGGGGAGGGGGGCGUUCGGCUGGGAAU